AUGUCCAACUCGGCCAGCAGCACCGAGGCCCUGCGCUUCUGGCGCUCCAAGAAGGAUUCGUCGCAGGACUUUAGUCUGCAGGAGCGCGAGACGCCCAGCAGCGACGAGCAGAGUCCCGAUAUCGAGAACGGCACCUCUAUCGAAUACCGGACGUAUAAGCGGCGGUGGUUUGGCCUUGCUCAGCUGACGCUCAUGAACAUCAUGGUCUCCUGGGGUUGGCUCACCUACGCCCCCGUCGUCAGCGACUCGGCCACCUACUACAACGUCACCUCCUCGGCAAUCAACUGGCUCAGCACCGCCUUCUUCCUCGCCUUUGUCGCCAUCUUCCCUGUCAGCAUCUGGGUCGUCAACCGCGGCUUCAAGUACGGCUUCAUCUGCUCCGCCUCGCUGCUCAUCGUCGGCAACUGGAUCCGCUACGCCGGCGCGGCAAAGGCCUCUGGCGGCAUCUACGCCUGCGCCAUGGUGGGCGAGAUCCUGAUUGGCUUUGCCCAGCCGUUUGUGCUUGCCACGCCGGCCAAGUACUCGGAUCUGUGGUUCACCCACCGCGGGCGUGUGGCGGCCACUGCUUUGGCUACGUUGGCGAAUCCGCUGGGCGCGGCGUUGGGGCAGUUGAUUAACCCUCUGUGGGUGAGCUCACCAAAGGACGUCUCGCAAAUGGUCCUCUACGUCUCCAUCAUUUCUACGGCCUGCUCGGUAACAGCCUUCUUCAUCCCCUCCAAGCCGCCCACCCCCGUCGGCGCCUCUUCAGAAACACCAAAGAUGCCACUCCUCCCAUCCAUCCGAACCGCCGUCCGCUCUCUCGAAGUUUGGCUCGUCUUCAUCACCUUCUCCGUCUACGUCGGCAUCUUCAACGCCGUCUCCAGUCUUCUCAACCAGAUCCUCGUGCCGUACGGCUUCACGGAUGACCAGGCCGGCAUUGGCGGCGCCGUCCUCAUCGUCGUCGGUCUCGUCACAGCUGCUAUAACAUCGCCCAUCCUGGACCGUACGAAGCAUUUCCUCCUCUCCCUAAAGAUCAUCGUCCCCAUCGUCGCGGCAUGCCUCGUCAUCUUCAUAUGGAUGCCCCAAACAAAGGCCCUUGCCGGUCCGUACGUCAUUCUCGCCAUCAUCGGCGCAGGGUGCUUCGCCGUCGUGCCGAUUGCCGUCGAAUUGCUAGCCGACUUGAGUCACCCCAUCAGCCCUGAACUCACAUCCACUGCGGCCUGGGCCGGCGGCCAGCUCUUCGGCGCCAUCUUCGUCAUUGUGAGCGACCCGCUCAAGGCCGGGAACAACGCCAAUCCUCCCGAGAAUAUGAAGAACUUUCUCAUCUUCCAGGCCGUCCUCGCCGUGGCGGCAACGCCUCCGGUCCUUGUUUUGGGCUGGUUUGGGCGAAAGGACAAGGUCGUUUUGCGAAGACUGCAGCCUCAGCAGGAGGACGAGACAUGA